ACUUUGUUUCAGACUGGUCUCCUUUACACGAUGCCUCUAUCCACGGGCGUCUGCUUAGUCUGAAGAAGCUCAUCAAACAGGGGAGUGAUGUUAAUCUUGUUACAGCAGACCAGGUAUCUCCUCUCCAUGAAGCGUGCCUAGGGGGUCAUGCUGCUUGUGUCAGUGUCCUAUUAAAACAUGGUGCUCAGGUGAAUGGAGUUACUGUUGACUGGCACACUCCAUUGUUCAGCGCUUGUGUCAGUGGCAGUGUGGCUUGCUUGAAUUUAUUGCUGCAGCACGGAGCCAGCCUACAUCCGCCCUGUGACUUGGCAUCCCCCAUCCAUGAAGCUGCUAAAAGAGGUCAUGUGCAAUGUGUCGAAUUCCUCUCAUCCCAUGGGGUAAAUAUAGAUCACAACAUCAAGCAUCUAGGUACUCCACUUUAUGUAGCUUGUGAGAACCAGCAAGUGAACUGUGCCAAGAAGCUGCUUGAGUCAGGAGCAAAUGUGAACAGCGGCAAGGGCCUGGACUCCCCUCUGCACGCGGCUGCCAGGAAUUGCAGUGCGGAGCUGGUGACUUUGCUGAUUGACUUUGGAGCGGACAUUUGGGUGAAGAACUCUGAAAGCAAGAGGCCGAUGGAGCUGGUCCCACCCAGCAGUCCUGUGGGCCGACUGUUCCUGCAGAAAGAAGGUGCCCCUUAG